AUGCCUCCUGAAGUAGGUGAACACUGGGAGCCUCAUUUCCAGAUGAAUCGAGCACUCUCUCAAGGCUCGAUGAUGUCGCAUACUCAACCACUGAGUCGACCCGGUACAGCAGAUCCAUUACGGUCUCGAUCAAAUACUGCUAUGCCGAGAGCUCAUCGUCGCCCUCGAUCAAGAGGGUCGACUGCUAGUAUUCGUUCGAGCACGACACAACAAACCCAGGACCAACACAUGGGCGAUGGAUUUUCUCCCUAUGUGGCAUCUCAACAAGCACCACCACAUGGCGUGUUUAAUCCGAAUCCUGAGGAUAUGAUGAUGCGGUUCAAUCAACAGAUGGCACAUUCAAAUAGCCAGGGUUCUCUUGAUGUCUCAAUGCAUGAAGCCCACGGAGCUGUCAUGCCACGACCCGAGGAUUUUCACGGCCUUCCAAACUCGAUGCCUGAAAUUGUUCCUGCUCAUGGUAUUCCUGGCAUCCCUGUCAGCCAUUACGGACACAUUUACGACGGGAGUGGAAUGGACUCUCAGAUGCCGGACCGCGUGGGUGACGAUAAUGAUAAUUCGGAGGCUGGUGGUCGAAAGAAACGAGGCUCCAGCUCCACUAUUGCUAACGAUAAUGAACUGAGAAAACUUUUACGUCAAUAUGAAGGUUACACGCUCAAGCAGAUGGCCGCAGAGGUUCAGAAGCAUGAAGGUGCGGGAGGCAAAUCUGAAAAGGUGAAACAGGUUUUCGCCAUGGUGUGGUUGAAGGAGAAUUGCCGGAAAAGCAGCGGCUCUGUUCGUCGGGAUCGUGUAUAUUGUUGUUAUGCUGAGAGAUGUGGAAGCGAACACGUCUCUGUUCUCAAUCCAGCUUCCUUCGGCAAACUCGUGCGAAUCAUAUUUCCAAAUGUGCAGACACGUCGCCUUGGUGUCAGAGGUGAAUCGAAAUAUCACUAUGUUGAUCUCACUGUCAUAGAGGAAAAACAUCAACAAUCGAUCGGCCAAAGCUCACAGGAUCAAAAUACGGCGAACGAAUCACUUAAUACAGAUGGGAGAGGGUUGAACUCGUCUUUGCGACCUCGCAGUAUAAGCAUAUCUCAACCACCAGUCGAUACUGCCGUCUUUCCUUCACCUACAACUUCCUUCACGCCAAAAUUCUCGCUCGCCCCGAAUGUUAAUGGAUGCACUUGUGAAUCCCAAACACGGUCUAAGAUCGACCACACUAUUACACUGGAAAACAUAUCGACACAGAGUGGAAGGAUAAUACGUCAAAUGCUCGCUUUCUCAGACUCGACUUCAGUACAUGUCGAUGACUCCCUGAAAAUUCCCGACAUCUCCCCCUUCCUUCCUGCCAACACAGACACCAAAGUUGCAGAUGCCUUGGCAGCCUUGUACAGGACGCAUUGCAUUUCUGUCAUUGACAGCUUUCGGUUUUGUAAAGAACGGAACUUGUUUCGACACUUUUCUGCAUUUCAUGGGACAUUGACUGUUCCAGUACAGAAACUGCUUAUUCACCCAAACCUUGCGCCCUGGAUCAAGGAAUGUGAUUGGCGCAUGUACCAAAAAAUGAUUGAAUUCGUGGCUCCUUUGACUACCCAGGUCGUACCACAGCCGGUGCUUGAUUCCUUUGGCUCUAUUUCCCGGCGUCUCACAGGGCACAUUUCCGAGACGUUCAAGUCUCAUCCUAUCCAUGUAUCCUUGUCAAGAUUAGCACCGGCUCAUAUUUUCUGCAAUCUCUUAAAACAUAUGCUUGAUGUUAACCAAGCUGCUAAUGCAGCUGCAGCCUGGCUUUGUCACCCGGAUAAUCGCAACCAAAUGUGGAUUGAUUUUGCUACGUUUGUGGACCCGAAAGAAAUGUUAAUCAAAGCUCAUAUUCCGCCUUGCUCGGAGAAAGCGACAGAGCAAAUAUUGAAACACGACGUGCGUGCUCUUUUGACGCCAUUGGAACAUCCCACAUCACCUACCCUUCUGUCGUUCUAUCAGCAAACAGGAAGCAAUACGCAGGACCAGAAAAGCACUGUGGAAGUAUCAACAGGCGAAGAAUACAACUUCCCUGAUAAAUGGAUAUCUUUCAUACUUGGUCUACCGUCGCUUUUCCCUAACCAUCCCGCGCAGUGCAUAGUCGACAAGGUCGAUAGAUUAUGGGACUGUGUGUUACACCGCUUGACACUUGCUGGCGCCCCUAGCUUUAGUGCAUGGUGGAUGACCAAAGUGUUCUUCCACGAAAUGCUAUUAUGGCAAGUGGAAAAAGGUGGUUUUAUGAAGCAUUCGCCUAGCUCUAUACAGAGUUCCUCAGCACAAUCACAGCCGGAGAACCCUCAGGCUCGCAUUUCUAGACAUGGGAGUUUUGCCGUUCCAGUCAAGAAUGAGGCUUUUGUCACCAACGAGAACGGCUCCAUCAUGGAGUCUGCGCCAACAGCAAACCCAGGAAAUGACACAACAAUAAUUGAAAAGAACCCAGCUAUGGAGAAUUUCCCGGGUCCCCAAGCGCCUAACCACGAUGACAGCGGCAUCGCCCUUGAUGACGAUUCUAUGCUCAUGUCCGUUGGCAAAUACGAUAUAAUGACAGAUACAACAGAUGCCGAAGGCGACGUAGUUGUUGUCGCCUAA